GGUGGAGAAGGCCGAGGAUUAAAGCCCUAUUUGGAUCGUUUGAAGAUGAAGAAAAUAGCAACUUAAAAAUAGUGAAGAUGAGGCGUGUGUAUGAGAUGGCUUUAAGGACAUGGUCGGAUUGGCUCGAAAUUAAUAUCAAUCCAAAUAAGACCCAAAUGUUCUUCAUGAGCAUGUCACCCAUUCAUGAUAGGGGUGAAGAAUGGGGUAGAGCCAAGGGCCAAAAUUGUUAUAGUGAAACAGACCAAAUUACAAGAGCUGGCUAUAAAGGAAAUGGCACGGAUCCAAAGAUGAUGAAGAUAGUGGAAACAGUACUAAAUGACUCGAAAACUAGAGGACUAAAUGUGCAAAUGAUAAAUAUUACACAGCUAUCCGAAUAUAGGAAAGAAGCCCACCCAUCAAUUUACAGGAAGCAAUGGGAGCCAUUGAAGGAAGACCAUAUUUCAAACCCAAGCUCUUAUGCCGAUUGCAUCCAUUGGUGUCUCCCUGGAGUACCCGACGUGUGGAAUGAGCUUCUCUAUGCUUUUAUUUCUCAAACAACUCCACAUUCCAAUCAAAAUUCGAAACAGUUCAGAUAAAUUUUGUACUUAUCAUACGGUAGAUUCACUUCAAACAAACUCUCUAUAAAAAAUAGAAAGAGAGUUACAAGAGAAGAUUGAUAGACUGAAUGAUAACAGCAUCUCAUAUUAUUUGGAUGUACCAAAAAAGAAGUUAAAAUA